GGGGGAGGUGGCGGGGCCGGGGGGAGGCGGUGCCGCCGCCGCCGUGCAGGGACACACACACCGGAGCUGUGCGAGCCCCGGUGCUGCAGCGCCCGCUCCGCUCCGCUCCCGGCCGGGACAGCUCCGCCAUGGGCGGCCGGGCGGCGCGGCCCCGCUGACCCCGCACACCCCGGCAGCAGCUCCAGCAGCCCGCACCCCGACACCCCGGCAGAUCGGUACUCCGGCAUCUCUGUACUCCGGCAUCCGUGGAGCUCUGGACUCCGCUGUCCCGGGAACUCACCUCCCGGGAGCUCCUCUCCGCUGGUCCCGGCUCCUCCAUCUCUCAGUUCUCCGGCAUCCCGAGAACUCCAUACUCCACCGGCCCGGGAACUCUGCUGCGCUGACCGCUGGUCCCGGCUCCUCGGGGAUUCGGAGCGCGGCUCCGCUCAGCGCGGCUCUUCCCCCGCCCGGUGUCCCGGCUCCCCGGGCGCUCCAGCUGCCCCUCUCCGCUGACCCCGGCUGCUCCCGAACCAGGCGCUCCGGCUGUCCAGCAGCUCCCAUCCCGGUGAUUCCCCGCUCCCGGCACCCCAGCGCUGAGCAUUUCUCGGCUCCUGGCACUCCGCCCGGCCCUUAGCCCGGUUCCCCGGGGCCUGCUCGCACCGCACAGCCCCAGCGCCCCCCGGCCCGCGGCCCCCCGACGGCGCGGCCAUGGCGUUCAUGGUGAAGAGCAUGGUGGGCGGGCAGCUGAAGAACCUCACGGGCGGCCUGGGCGGCGAGGAGAAGAGCGAGGGCGAGAAGUCUCCGGCCGAGGCGCAGGGCAUGACCCGCGAGGAGUAUGAGGAGUAUCAGCGGCAGCUGGUGGAGGAGAAGAUGGAGAGAGAUGCCCAGUUUGCCCAGCGCAAGGCGGAGAGAGCCACGGUCAGGUCCCACUUCCGAGACAAGUACAGGCUCCCCAAGAACGAGACCGAUGACAACCAGAUCCAGCUGGUGGGAGGAGACGUGGAGCUGCCCAAGGAGCUGGCCAAGAUGAUCGAGCAGGACAACGAGGAGGAGGAGGAGAAGAACUCGGUCAUCGGCCAGCUCAGCAACAUCCAGAACCUGGACCUUGAUUCCUUGAAGGACAAAGCUUCGGCCACGCUAGAGGACCUGAAGCAGUCGGCGGAGAAAUGCUCCGUGAUGUGACGGGGCUGAGCGCGGAGGGGACGCAGCGCAGGCUCUGGCGGGGGCUGCUGCCCGCAGCGGGGCCCCCGGCGACGUUGUCACCCUUGCCGUGUGUCACUCGGGUCCUCCUGAGCCGUGUGACCCCUCGAGCCCCUGCCCCAGCUGUCCCUGGUGUGUGGUUUUCGUUCCGUUCUCCGGGCUGAGGUUAGCGCCCAGAGCCAGCAUGUCCCCCCCGAACCCCUCCCGUGCCCGGGCAGGGGGUGUCACCGCCACAGCCGAGGAGGUUGCAGGGGAGGGGAGCGACCUUGGAGUGCCACUGACCUUGGCGUGGUGGCCACACGCUGUGGCUCUGCCUCCACGUCUCCACGCAGCCUCCUAGAAACGACCGGGAGGCUCCGAUUCGCCUCGCAAGGACGAGGCAGGGUGUGGAACACCCCCCUCCCGUGCCCAUCACCCGAGAAGCGACAUCCCAUCCCUGCAGGGAACACCAGCCCCGUGCCCUUGAGGGCCCCUCUGAAGGAGCCAGCCGGGAAGGACCUGCCAUACGAUCCCUGUGGGAAGGGGGGUGCUGAAGCCUGAAUUGACACCAGAGAGGAGCAAAAACCCUCCCCGGUGCUGAGCUGAGCCCGCAGCAGCCUUCCCCGGAGCAGUGGUGUCCCUCUCCUGGGAUGGGGUCCCGUCUUUGUUCCUUCCAGGAGAAGGACAAAGCCACCAGGGAACAUCUCCCCGUCCUCCCGCUCGUCGUGCUGUGGUUGUGCUGUGCUCGGUUGAGUGUCCCUCCCCUCCUGUGCUGUCCCCGUGCCAUGGUACUGUUAUAACCGGUGGAAUAAAUACCAGGAGAUGU